AUGUCCCUCCCCCUCCUUUUCUUGGCGUCAACAGUUGCAGCAGCAGAAGCGGCGGCCGGCCUUGCAGAGCCUCCACCAGUGGCCCCUCCUCUCUUCCUCGCCUCUCUGCCUCGCCUGCACAUCUCACCUUUAUGUGCCUCCCACUCUUUCCUCGACUUAGCUUCCCCCCCUCUCCCCCUCCUCCCUUACCCUUCCCUCCACUCUCCCCUCCGCCCAUCCCCCAGCAGCCCCUCUGGUGGCGAGUUCCCAGCACUCCCAGCAACGCCUUUGGGUGGUGUGAGGCGCGUCAGUGGCGGCACCACAGCAGCCUCAAGCCUCAAGACGCCACUGCCGCUCACAGCCACACAUGAUAAGUACACUCUUCCCUCUCGCCUUGUCAAUGUUUUUGCUCUCUCACACAUGCACUCCCACAUGCAUCUGCACAUCGUCUUUCCAUCCAUGCAGCAUGCCUCCUCUCUUCAAGCCAAGCCACCUGCAGCAGCCUAG